AUGACGCAAAAGCACAAGGUUGUUGUAAUCGGAUCCGGGAACUGGGGUUCCACCAUUGGGAAAAUCCUUGCUGAAAAUACUAGGGAGCACUCUGAUAUAUUCGAAGAGGAUGUAUCGAUGUGGGUGUUUGAGGAAGACGUCGACGUCCCCGAUGACAGAACGCUUCGAGACCAAUUGGGCGACAAACCCGUGAAGCUCACACAUGCCAUUAAUACAACACACCAGAAUGUCAAGUAUCUUCCCGGCAUCAAGCUUCCAGACAAUCUCGUUGCCAAUCCCGACCUCCAGGACACAGUCAGCGGAGCAACUAUCCUUGUCUUCAAUCUUCCUCACCAAUUUAUGUCCAAAACGCUAGAGCAAAUCAAGGGUAACCAUCUCCCUUAUGCUCGAGCUAUAUCGGGGGUCGAUAUCUCAGAAGGAACUGUGAAGCUCUACUCCGAGUUGAUUAUGGAGAAACUAGGAAUUUACUGCGGCUCUUUGUCUGGUGCCAACAUUGCAUCCGAGGUAGCCGCGGAGAAUUUGUGUGAAACCACUAUUGGAUACGACGGGCCUCCGAUGGAUUACAAGGAGCCGGAUGGCUCAUCUCGAGACAAUUUGAUUAAAGUGGACAAACAGCGCCAGAGCAAAUCAGAUCCCAGCCAACUUACGCUGCAUCGAGUGCCUCAAACUUAUCCUCAUGUCGAUUCCGCCCUUUUAGAGAAGCUUUUUGGUCGGCCGUAUUUCAAUGUUCAGGUUGUGCGAGAUGUCUCUGGUGUCGCCCUUGGUGGUGCGCUGAAGAAUAUCAUUGCACUGGCUGCUGGCUUCGUUGCAGGAAAGGGUUGGGGUGAGAACACAAAGGCAGCGGUAAUUCGAAUCGGUAUCCUCGAGAUGGUGCGAUUCGGCUGCCUUUGGUUCCCUCAAUCUGUUGACGAGAGGACAUUUACAAAGGAGAGUGCCGGCAUAGCUGAUGUGAUAGCAUCAACCAGUGCGGGAAGGAAUUUCAACUCUGCACGUCACGCUGUGGAACAAGGUGUCACUGUGGAUGAGAUUGAGAAGAAGGAACUAGGGGGACAGAAACUACAAGGAACGUCCACUACUCGUGCGGUCUAUGAGUUCCUUGAGAAACAGGGACAGCUCGAGAAAUUCCCCUUAUUUGUGUUCGUACACGAUAUUCUGGAGGAGCGCACGACGAUGGAUGCUCUCCCAGGACUUCUGAAAAAGGGGUCAAAGGUGAUGGCAUAG